AUGACUACCUACAGGCCUAUUGAUUCUAAACGUGAAGAAUUCAGAAAAUAUUUAGAAAGAGCAGGCGUUAUGGAUGCUCUCACCAAAGUACUCGUCGCUUUAUACGAAGAACCUGAAAAGCCCGUGGAUGCAAUGGAGAAAAAUUUAGGCGACGAUCGCCCAGAAAGAUGCGAGUUAGAUGCAGCCCUAAAUGAUUUAGCCGAUGCUCAAAAUAAAAUCGCCGUUUUAGAAGAAACAUUACAAGAAUUUAAAGCAAGACUUGAAAAAUAUGAGCCGAUUGAAGAAGGCUCCCAAAACGAAUAG